CUGCGCCUCGUCCCCGCCGGGAGCCCGGGAGUUCAGGAGCCCCGGAGUGGCGCCCUCAGUGCGGCCUGUGCGGCCCGGGAGGGGCGGUUGCCCCGGGGCCCAGAGAGAGGCCGGAGGUGCGGGACUCGGACCACGGACCCGGUCGCCUCUUCCCGGCCAGCCGGGCGGUGCUGGACGCGUGACUCUAGGCGCGCACCUGUGAGGACGUGAGCUGUGGAUUGACAGCCGGACGCCAGCAAUGCCCACCUGGGGUCGCCCCCAACCUCCUCUCCCACACUUCGAGCCGGCGUUUGGGUGACCGUGAACCAGGAAAGACAGCUGUGGCCGGCCCGGAGCGGUGGCUUAUGCCUGUAACCCCUGCACUCUGGGAGGCCUAGGAGGGAGGAUAGCUUUGAGCCCAGGAGAUGGAGACCAGCCUGGGCAACAUAGCUAGACCCCUCUCUACAAAAAAAAAAAAACUUAGGUCGGCGUGGUGGCACGCGCCUGUAGUCCCAGCUACUCCGGAGGGUGAGGCGGGAGGGUCACUUGAUCCCGGGAGGUUCACUUGAGCCCCGGAGUUUGAAGCUACAGUGAGCUAUGAUUGAGCCAUUGCACUCCAGUCUGGGUGACAAAGCAAGACCCUGUCUUAAGAAAAAAAAAAAAAUCCCAAACAAAAAACUCCCACCUGUGUUAUCAGCUUUUUGUCAGAUGUCCCCAAAUUUACAAAAGCUGCCCUUUUCCCUCUCCAUCUUCUGUCAGUUGGUUGCAUCAUUCACCAGCUUGGGCACCCGACUGAUGGUCUUUGCGUCUUUUAAAUUUCAGUUGACAGUCAGCCUUUGUUUUUUUUGACCCAGUGCUUAGGAUGGUGGUUACGUGUUCAGCCCACUCUGUCACCUACCUUGUGACUUGGGCCAGUCAAUUAAUCUCUGUAAAAAGUCUGCUGCCUUGCUGUAAAGGGAACAAUAGAUCUUUCCAUUCAGCUGUUUUUGGAAAUGGGCUUAGCUUCACAGUGCAGUACUGCACAAAAUUUCAUGGACAUCGGUAGCAUUGUUCUCAUGAAUAUUUAAACGUGUUUUGCUUUUAAUCUGUUUCUUGUCCCUUUCCUCUGUUUUCUGGAAUAUUGCCUCACUUUUAGCACUAAAAUGACGUUUUCUGCAUAUGUCACACCGUAAAGCCCGUGUGGGGAAUUGAAUCUUAUCUCAGGUUUGAACAUUGCCUGGAGGCUGUGCUUAGAUGUGGGAUGAAAUUGUGCCACUAGCAAAUAAAAAAUACUCUUUCUUGUUAGUACCGUGUAUGUAUUAUGUCACACUGAAUAUGAAUGACUGUUUUCUCAGGCCCCCCAAGGUACUAGUUAUGCAAAUAACUAGUACCACCUCCACAUAACUGACUCUACCCAGACAAAAGGGGAAGAAGUUCAUGCAUUACGUACAAUGUAUGGCUUAGAGCGUUGGGAAUUAACCUGAUUGAGAAAGAUAACUCAAUAAAAUGGCAACAAAUUGAGGGGUGAGCUUUUUGUAGUAGUUUCCAAAUUGGAUCAAUUACAUUUAGGAUUUAAGUCAGAAUAGAAAUUUUGGACAUAUAAAAACAUGGAGAUGGGAAUGUCUGAUUUUCUUGGACAGUUUUACUUUUGAACAUUUUCAUGACUCCACUAGCCUUCUGUUAACUACACUAACCAUAACUAGUGCUUUUCAGCCCUUGCCUACCUGUGCAGGCCGGAGUAGGAGAGGCCUGGUGCUUUCAGGGAUUCUGUAACUCUGCUCUCUCACUCUGCACAGGAAGCUUUGCCUACAGAUUUGGUUAGAUAUUGCUGCGUCAUUUCCUAGUUUUCCAGACUAGAUGGGAUGGCCAUGCUCUGCAUCCCCGUAGCCUUUAAAUCACAGUUCCUAUUCUAGUUCGUUUCUUUUUCUUAUUAGGAAAUGAGACUGUUUAGCAUAGCAGCUUGACCUGAAAUAGUAAAUUUAAUAGUUGUUGGGUUUAAGCUGUGAUGUUUAAGGUCUACAGGUGGAAAGCUUGACCAUUUAUUUGUGGUUGGCUACUGUUAUUUUGAGAUUUAAAAUAUGAUCAGGUUGAUGAGUUGGUGGAUAUCUCAGUCUGCUUGGGUCUACUUUUGAGGGAUACCUCAGUCUACUUGGGCUGAAAUAAGGACACACCUGAAUCUCAUGCCCAUAUGUUGAGAUGGAUCUCAUUCUGUCACCCAGGCUGGAGUGCAGUGGCGCGAUCUCCGCUCACUGCAAUCUCCGCCUCCCAGGUUCAAGUGAUUCUCCUCCUUUGGCGUCCUGAGUAGCUGGGAUUACAGGCAUGAGCCACCACGCCUGGCUAAUUUUUGUAUUUUUAGUAGAGACAGGGUUUCACCAAAGUGUUGGCCAGGCUGGUCUCAAACUCCUGACCUCAGGUGAUCCACCCACCUUGGCCUCCCAAAGUGCUGGGAUUACAGGUGUGAGCCACCAAGCCUGGCGUGUUCUCAUAUGUUAUACACUUAAAAUCAAAUGCAUAAAUACUGAAUGUGUGUGUUUAUAAUUGAAUGCCCUACAAUCAAUUGAUAAGUUUAACCAAAGACAGUUUAUACAAAUUGGCAAUAUCAAGCUUUUUGUCUGUUUAAUGUACACAUUCUAUGCUUGGAUAAAGUGGACAUACUUUUUUUUUUUUUGAGAUGGAGUUUUGCUCUUGUUGCCCAGGCUAGAGUGCAAUGGCACGAUCUCGGCUCCCCACAACUUCUGCCUCCCGGGUUCAAAUGAUUCUCCUGCCUCAGCCUCCCGAGUAGCUGGGAUUACAGACAUGCACCACCACGCCCGGCUAAUUUUGUAUUUUUAGUAGAGACAGGGUUUCUUCAUGUUGGUCAGGCUGGUCUCCAAUUCCCAACCUUAGGUGCCUCAGCCUCCCAAAGUGCUGGGAUUACAGGUGUGAGCCACCGCGCCUGGCCUAAGUGGACAUACUUUUUAACCACUAUAUUGAUAAUUAUGUUUACUGAGGGAGGGGCAAAUUCUCCCCUAAAUUUUCAUUCAUUAUUUAGUUCAAUAGGUUUUUAUCAAGCAGAUUUGAACUGAUAUGCAGCACAGUGGAGCCUGCCUAGUUACCUUCGUUCUGGGUGAUGGUGAAAGCCUCCUGCAUACCCCGCUCAGAUUUCAUCUUUUUCUCCUCUGGCUAUAUCCUGUAUGUGAAAGCCUUUUCAAAUCAAUUUGCUGUUUUUCUUAGAGAGAUUUCAGGAAAGAAAACGAGAGAUAACUGGGUAUUUCUGAUUUGCUAAUCAAUCUUGAUUCUAAUCUUCUUUUUGAAAAACUACAAUCACUCCUGACUGGAGUUUACAUUCCAUUAAAGUAUGUCUGAUUGCGUCUGCAUAUGGUAAAUGCCUUUCCCUGAAAUAGCUUUUCUCUCUGGAUUUAACUGCUAUGUGAGCAUCCAGAGACUUGCACACUUCCCAGAUCUCAGGGAGAGGAGCAGGGUUGAUUUCACUAUAAGGAAGGCGUAAAGAAAAACUGCCUUGUGCCCUGUGCUGUGAUGGCUGUAGGGAAUGAAGGAACAGCCCUUCAGGCUUCUGUGAGUAAGGAGCUUCUGUUGGUGGGUACGUACUUCUAGGCCUCCUCAUCUUUUUUUUUUUUUUUUUUUGAGAUAGGGUCUCACUCUGUCACCCAAGGCUGGAGUGCAGUGGCAUGAUCUCAUCUCACUGCAACCUCGGGCUCCCAGGCUCGAGUGAUCCUCCCACCUCAGCCUCCUGAGUAACUGGGACUACAGGCGCCCACCCCCAUGCCCAACUCAUUUUUUUGGUAUUUUUUUGUAGAGAUAAGGUUUCACCAUGUUGGCCAGGGUGGUCGUCUUGAACUCCUGGGCUCAAGCGAUCCGCCCACCUUGGCCUCCCAAAGUGCUAGGAUUACAGGCGUGAGCCACUGUGCUGGCCAGCCUCCUCAUCUUUAAAUGUACUUCCCGGUUAGCUACUGUGUGCUAAGCAGUGAGGAAUGGCGGGGAUAGGCCCCGUUUCAGAAUUCAUGGCUUGAAAACAGUUGUCUAGAGAUAUUAAAGCUGUCCUGAGUCAUCGAUGGGCUUUUGCAGGUGCUUAAACAGUCACAGCUAAACAAGAAACACACGGUUCCUGCGGCCUGCAGAGGAGCAUCAGAUAAGCUUAUUUCCAUGUCACUUGGAAUUAUAGGGGAGGUCCAUUGAAGACUUGAACAAGUGGGCCCUAUUUCUUGUGUCUCCUUUUAUACUUGAAGCAGAACACAUAGCAUUUGUGACGGAGAGCAUUUGGGUACAAAGUGAGAAUUUACAGAGAUCAUCCUCUUCAGAAACAAUUGUCAAGUGGUCAGACUGUUGUUUGCCAUUAGCUUGCAGACCUGGGGAUCCUUAUCGGCUAAUUGCUGAAGCAAGUGUGGACAACUUCAGCAAGCUGGGGGUGGCGUUCAUGGAAGAUAGACUCCACAUGGAUAAUGGACUGGUACCCCAAAAGAUUGUGUCGGUGCACUUGCAGGACUCCACUCUGAAGGAAGUUAAGGAUCAGGUCUCAAACAAGCAAGCCCAGAUCCUAGAGCCGAAGCCUGAACCUUCUCUUGAGAUUAAGCCUGAGCAGGACGGUAUGGAGCAUGUUGGCAGAGAUGACCCAAAGGCUCUUGGUGAAGAACCCACACAAAGGAGAGGCAGUGCCUCUGGGAGUGAGCCUGCUGGGGACAGUGACAGGGGAGGGGGCCCUGUUGAGCAUUAUCACCUCCAUCUGUCUAGUUGCCACGAGUGUCUGGAACUUGAGAACAGCACCAUUGAGUCAGUCAAGUUUGCGUCUGCCGAGAACAUUCCAGACCUUCCCUACGAUUAUAGCAGCAGUUUGGAGAGUGUUGCUGAUGAGACCUCCCCCGAAAGAGAAGGGAGGAGAGUCAACCUCACGGGAAAGGCACCCAACAUCCUCCUCUAUGUGGGCUCCGACUCCCAGGAAGCCCUUGGCCGGUUCCACGAGGUCCGGUCCGUGCUGGCCGACUGUGUGGACAUUGACAGUUACAUUCUCUACCACCUGCUGGAGGACAGUGCUCUCAGAGACCCAUGGACGGACAACUGUCUGCUGUUGGUCAUUGCUACCAGGGAGUCCAUUCCCGAAGACCUGUACCAGAAGUUCAUGGCCUAUCUUUCUCAGGGAGGGAAGGUGUUGGGCCUGUCUUCAUCCUUCACCUUUGGUGGCUUUCAGGUGACAAGCAAGGGUGCACUGCAGAAGACAGUCCAGAACUUGGUUUUCUCCAAGGCUGACCAAAGCAAGGUGAAGCUCAGCGUCUUGAGCAGUGGCUGCAUGUACCAGGAAGGGCCCGUCCGGCUCAGCCCCGGCAGGCUCCAGGGCCACCUGGAGAAUGAGGACAAGGACAGGAUGAUUGUGCAUGUGCCUUUUGGAACUCGCGGGGGAGAAGCUGUUCUUUGCCAGGUGCACUUAGAACUACCUCCCAGCUCCAACAUAGUGCAAACUCCAGAAGAUUUUAACUUGCUCAAGUCAAGCAAUUUUAGAAGAUACGAAGUCCUUAGAGAGAUUCUGACAACCCUUGGCCUCAGCUGUGACAUGAAACAAGUUCCUGCCUUAACUCCUCUUUACUUGCUGUCAGCUGCGGAGGAAAUCAGGGAUCCUCUUAUGCAGUGGCUUGGGAAACAUGUGGACUCCGAGGGAGAAAUAAAAUCCGGCCAGCUCUCUCUUAGAUUUGUUUCAUCCUACGUGUCUGAAGUAGAAAUAACCCCAUCUUGUAUACCUGUGGUGACCAACAUGGAGGCCUUCUCAUCAGAACAUUUCAACUUAGAGAUCUAUCGCCAAAAUCUGCAGACCAAGCAGUUGGGGAAAGUAAUUUUGUUUGCCGAAGUGACCCCCACAACGAUGCGUCUCCUGGAUGGGCUGAUGUUUCAGACACCGCAGGAAAUGGGCUUAAUAGCGAUCGCGGCCCGGCAGACCGAGGGCAAAGGACGGGGAGGGAAUGUGUGGCUGAGCCCUGUGGGAUGUGCUCUUUCUACUCUGCUCAUCUCCAUUCCACUGAGAUCCCAGCUGGGACAGAGGAUCCCGUUUGUCCAGCAUCUGAUGUCCGUGGCUGUCGUGGAAGCAGUGAGGUCCAUUCCCGAGUAUCAGGAUAUCAACUUACGAGUGAAGUGGCCCAACGAUAUUUAUUACAGUGACCUCAUGAAGAUCGGCGGAGUUCUGGUUAACUCAACACUCAUGGGAGAAACAUUUUAUAUACUUAUUGGCUGUGGAUUUAAUGUGACUAACAGUAACCCUACCAUCUGCAUCAACGACCUCAUCACAGAAUACAAUAAACAACACAAGGCAGAACUGAAGCCCUUAAGAGCCGAUUAUCUCAUUGCCAGAGUCGUGACUGUGCUGGAGAAACUGAUCAAAGAGUUUCAGGACAAAGGGCCCAACAGCGUCCUUCCCCUUUAUUACCGAUACUGGGUCCACAGUGGUCAGCAAGUCCAUCUGGGCAGCGCAGAGGGACCAAAGGUGUCCAUCGUUGGCCUGGACGAUUCUGGCUUCCUCCAGGUUCACCAGGAGGGCGGCGAGGUUGUGACUGUGCACCCGGAUGGCAACUCCUUCGACAUGCUGAGAAACCUCAUCCUCCCCAAACGGCGGUAAUGCCGGGCGUCCCCGAGACGGGCCUGGGCCUGCCCUCGUGACUCACCGGCCCUGGCGCCUGGGCAGCAGGCGAGGAUGCCGCUGGGCUGCCUGGGGUCCUAGCCCAGUGCAGAACCGCCACCGUGAGCAUUCAGCUUUCAUCGCGGCCACCUGUCCCUGCCCACGCAUCUGGAAAUCUGAUUUAGAGUUGUAGGUGAAUUUCUCUUCCUCCAAUUCAUUUGUUAAGUCUUUGUUCUUUUUCUGUGUUUCUGUUUGUUUUUAGGUUUGUUUUGUUGUCGUUUUCUUUGGUGUUUGAAGAGGCUCUGGGAUAGAUGGUUAAGAAGUAGCAAAUUUAGUUUAGGGAAAGCCCUCCCACAGGUGGGAAAUUGCUCUCCCCUCUGCGGCUUGGACUUAUGUUUAUUGUCAGGGGGAGUUUUUACAUGGAAAUGGCAAUGGGAAAAUUCAGAUAUUUUCUUAGUAGUGCAGACCUUUACCCCUAGUCUAUGAAAAAACAAACCAAAAUAUGCUCUUGGGCCCAGGCCAGUGGUGAGUUAGAGGCAUGCUAUCACUGUUUGUAAGCAUCUGGGGAGGUACUGAACUGUAAGAACAUGCUUGGACACUUAGUCAUUGUUCUGUGUUUUUAUUAAUGAAGAAAAGGGAAGAUAGACUUCCAAGAGUUACUCUCCACCGGGUGGUGUGGCCCCAUAGCGAAGUCUAAACGCCUGUAGAGAUAGAGCUAGCUGGUGUGGAUGCAGUGACCUUGUGGAGGAAAUCAGCUCAUUACUUUCACACCAUUCAGUGAGCUCUCCUUUCCUAAGGAAGUUUAAAUGUCCUCAGUUAGGGACUGACUUUCUUAAGGAAGUUUAAAUUUACUACAUAUUGUGAAGAGACAGGAUCAAGUUCAGAAUCCUUAAAUGUCUGAUUAGGCAUCACUUGGAUGAGGAGGUGGGCGAUUUGGCUCUAACAGCUGGAGAUGAAGGCACACUCAUACCACAUACAAGGGAGGAUUUGGAGCUUUUAAGCCAGUUUCAGAUUUACUCUGAAAUGUGGAGCAUUCCUGCAAGACUGUGCAGCUCAUGGAAUAUAGAAGACAUGGCAUUUUACUCAGAAGUCAUAAGUUUUUGCCCCCCUCAUUUACCUCGUGUUACCAAGAAAGAAAAUGUUAUUGAUACUAAACACCAUCAGUUCAGAGGGAGGAUGUGUGUGCGUGCCCGCAUAUGUGUGUGCGUGCGUGUGUGCGCACAUAGCUUUAAAAGAAGACAUUCAAAAUUUGAUGUGCUACAAGCCUCAUGAAAGAACAAAAGAAAGGAAGCCUUUUGAUAUGCAUUCGCUAUUCCCAGAUGUACGCCAUGCCUUUUCCAUGUCCCUCCUAUCUCUGUUGAACUUAUGAAUCAUACUCAUUACUUUUCAGCUUUUUAAAAGGCCAAUUUUUGUCCAGUUUUCUCUCUUCCAGUCCCAGCUGAAAUUAGUGGAAAGAAAGUUUGAUGGUGCUUUCAGCUUUGAACAAAAUCCCUUCAUUGUAAACUAGCACCAUCUUUAUCCAGGUCUUACCCAGUCAGGCUAAUUCCAGAAACUUGUGGUUUUUAGUAUAAAGUCUGUCUGCCUUUAGCCAGGCACAGGACAGCCCUAUGAAAAAAUACCCAAUAUAUAUUUUUUGGAAAUGAAACAUUAAAAGAACUUAAAAAGUAAUUUUUGGAAAUGAGGCUUCAAUUAGAAUUAUUUUUCUCAAAAAAAAAAAAAAAAACACAAAAAAAACCACUCUUCUCCAAAUGCCCAAGCCUUCUUUCAAAAUUAGUUAGAAACUUAAGUAAAAUACAAGUCCACACCAUCCCCAAAUUACAAAAUGGACUUACCCUUGAGAGGGCAUCUGCAGAAUAUCAUCAGGGACAAAGAUCUCGAGGCUAACGAUGUAGGUUUCAUUUCUCAGACUUUGUAAUAUAAGGCAAGCCCUCUCUCAGAGCUGCCAUCAUCACUUUUUGAAUUUCUUUGGGGGUUAUUUAAUGAAAAACAUGCUAUGUUUUGUUUUAAGCUGAAGUCCUAUUCUGGACACUCUGCUUUGGGAAAAAAUGUUAUCAUUUAAUUUCCUUUCUGCAAAUUAAAACUAAUGAAGUGUGGCCUUGUCAAAGGCUACGGAGAUGUUCCGGGCAUACUGCUGUGCUCUGUGCUUUCCAACAGGCGCUCCUCCCUCGCGCAGGAGACUCAGUUGUCCUGAGAGAGAUGAAGCAGCCUUGAAGCAGAUGCUGCGUUUUCCAUAAACCUGAUUUUGCCUCACAUGAACCAAAGACUCUCAAAACUCCGCUUCUAUAGAAUUAGCUGAAUAAAGGCAUUUUACUGAUAGCUGUUCGUGUUAGCGAAACCUGUCUACCUGCUAUAGCACACUCUCCGAUUUGGGCCAUUUAUGCACCCCGCAACCUGGGAUCUCAAGGAGCUUUAAAGUCUUAAUGGGAACUUGGCAUUUUCCUCAUGAUCUUUAAAAUGUGGUCACUAAACUCAGGAUCGGCGUGUGCUUUUAGAACACUGGAGUAGCCCUUGUUUUAGAGGCUGUGCAUUGAGUAUCGACCAUAUUUUGUAAAAGGCAAGAUAUCCUCCUUUCCAGGCUGGUAACAGGUUUCAGGGGGACUCUUGAGGAAGUGCCCCCUAAAAUAGAACACAGCAAUAACUGGGCUUCCUGUCCCCACCCCCACCCCAGCCGUGCUCUCUGGCACUGGGAACUCUGCUAGGGAGUGGUGGAAGUAGGAAGGAUUUGUGUGCAAAGGAAAAUCGUGGUUGAGUUUCACUGCAGCAGGCUGACGUCGCCUGAUGUGAGAGCAAGUGGCCGACUGGGGUGCGGGUGCACAGGUCGGGGGAGCACAGGCCACAGAGCGCAGCCUCUGGGGGUCCCCCAAGGCACAGCAUAUACAGCAUGGUCGCCCCUUGCCCUGGAGUCUGGGAACAAAGAGAGGAGCCAGCCUCACUGCACUGCUUCAGAUGGGAAAGGGAGGCAGGGUGGGCUUCCGUUCUCCAGAUAUGUUUGCUCUUAACAGGCAGAACAUGGGAGAAUCCUUAUUCCUGGUUAAUCACUAUGCAUAUUUGAAAUAAAGCAAGCGUAAGCCUCUGCAAUUUUAACUUCUCAAAGGAUGUCUCUGAAAAGAAUCACUUUAAACCAAUGCCUAUAAAAAGCAAGUCUACCAAAAUAAACUAAGACUUUCUAUGUG